AUGGGAUACACAAAAGCAUGGAGAUCAAGAGAGAAAGCUUUGCGUCUAGUAAGAGGGAACCCCAAUGAUUCAUAUCAAAAGUUGCCAAUGUAUCUUUACAUGUUGAAGCAAGCCAAUCCAGGAACAAUAACACACCUACUCACAGACAAGGAAGAUAGAUUCAAAUACCUAUACAUAGCUUUGUCUAACUCAAUCAAGGGUUGGAGAUACUCGAGGCCUAUAAUUGUUGUUGAUGGAACUUUCUUGAAAAAUGCACAUGGUGGUACCCUAUUUUCAGCAUCAACGUUAGAUUCAAACAACAACAUUUUCGUGUUGGCUUUUGGAAUAGCAGACUCUGGAAAUGAUAACUCAUGGCUUUAUUUCUUCUCCAAACUGAGAGACACCAAUGGAGAACCCGAAGGAUUGGCUAUAGUUUCUGACAUACAUAAGAGCAUAGACAAUGAAGUACAUAUGGUGUACCCAAAUGCUUUCCAUGGAGUUUGCAUGUUUCACUUGCUUGAUAAUUUGAAAAGCAAGUAUGGGAGCCAUGGAGAAGAGCUACAAAUGAAAUUCAUUGCAGCAGCAAAGGCAUACACAAAAACAGAAUGUGAACACUACAUGAGAGGCCUUGAUAGAAUUGACAGACGCAUUAGACCCUAUUUAGAAAAAGCCAAGUAUGAAACUUGGGCAAGAUCAUACUCGCCAAAAAAAAGAUACACCAUGAUGACAUCCAACAUUGCAGAAUCACUCAACGCUUCAAGAAAUCUCCCCAUUGAUAUCUUGGUUGAAUGCCUUAGAAGUUUGGUUCAAAAAUGGGUUUGGAACAACUCAAUUAAUGCAAACGGAACAUUCACAAAAGUCUCUACAUCAACAGAGAAUGAAUUGAGACAUGACAUUGUUUCAAAAAUGAAGUAUGAGGUCUUGCCUUUCAACACAAUAGAAUACCAAGUUCGUGAUCAAAAGGGGAUAAAUUUCACAGUAAAUAUACAUAAUAGAACAUGUACUUGCAAUAGGUUCCAAGAAGAUGAAAUUCCUUGUGGCCAUGCAGUAGCUGUCAUUGCAAAGAGAAACUUGAGUGUGUAUGAUUAUUGUGCAAAGUUCUACAAAAAAGAAAUGUUGAAAGCAUUGUAUCAAGAAAAUGUUCAUCCUUUGCCCCAUAAAGAUGAAUGA